GUGUAGUAUACUGGUAUAUUAUACUUGCCUUUGUAUUUUAUGGUAUCGAUAAUCUUAUCACCCGUUUAAUUCGACAGUCAAAAGCGUGUAUUUUUGUGUUCAAAAAAUAAAUAUUUUAAUUUUUGUUUUUCGUUGGUUCGGUUGAUAAUAAAUAAAUUUAAAUAUCUUGUUAAAUAUUAUAAUAAAACUUUAAUUUAUUUUUAGUUUUAAUUCAUGUAAGAUCACAAUGAAAAAUAUUUUUCUCAUUACUGUAAUUGGCUCUUUAGCUGGAUUUAUAUACAUUAGCUAUGCUUGUAAUGAGGCUGUCUGUGCAUCAAUCGUGUCUAAAUGCAUGAUCACACAAUCGUGUAAGUGUGAUUUGGCCAACUGUUCUUGUUGCAAAGAAUGUUUCAGCUGCCUGAAUAAUUUGUAUAGCGAAUGCUGUUCUUGUGUUGAUAUGUGUCCAAAACCUAAUGUUACAACUAAUGCUCUUAGUAGAAAAAGUCAUGUGGAAGAUUUACCAGAACCUAUUAUGACAUUAUUUUAUGCACUUGUUUCUGAACCUGAUGUUCAGCAACGUUGGGAGGCAUUAACUUUUCCAAUUGAUUUUGACAUUGAAGUUUUUAAACCUGAUUUCCAAAAAGAACUUAAAUUAUUACAACAAAAUUCUGCACAAGAAGUUGCUCCUAUGAAGAAUGUUAUUACACUUAAUUGUUCUGUAGUUUACAUGAGCCAUUGUUUAUCAUGGAACAAAUGUAAAGCAUCAUGCAUGUCAAUGGGAUCUAAAAGUUAUAGAUGGUUUCAUGAUGGUUGUUGUGAAUGUGUUGGUGAUCGUUGUAUGAAUUAUGGAAUAAAUGAAAGCAGGUGUAAAUACUGUCCAUUAAAAGGAUCAGUUGUCCCAACCAUAAGUGAUCCUGAUUAUGGCGAUGAAGAAGAUGAUGAAGAAAUGAUACAAUAGUUUUCUUUUGAAAUAAUUUAAUAACCAUAUCUAAUAUUUUAUACUCUGUAUUUAUUCUUAUAGGAACUUAGGAAUGACAUGUGUAUUAAUUUUAUGAAUAACUAACCAAUUAUAAAGUGGUACUGUAUUUUAACUUAAACAAAUUUUACGAUCAAAAAUUCAAUGUUCUAAUUAUUUUUAAUUAUUCUUACAAAUUAAAAAAAAAACAUUGUUUCAAAAUUUAUUUACUUAGCUAUCACAAUUAAUUUUUUUAGCUAAUUAGUCUCAAAAUGAACUUAAAAUUAUUUUUUUAUUAUACUUGGGGUAAUUUUCUCAAUUCUGAGCACAAGUAUUAUAAAU